AUGUUGCUUUACUCGUCUCUCCACUAUUGUCGUCGUGCAGAGUACUCCGUACGCGGCAGUGAAGGAGACAUCUCAAUUUCUCAACAGGACGGCAACGGCACUGAGCAGCAGCACCACUUGUGGAGGACCGAAUCCAGGGUCAAGGUAUUCGUCCGGCGUAGCGAGGAGAACAAGCCUGGACCAGGGGUUGGGAAAGGGGACCACAAGUCUGCAGCAGCCGGGUGGGCCGCCGUGUAA